GGUUGCUGAGAGAGAUACCUGGACCCCCCACUGUGGUAAAGGUUGCUGAGAGAGAUACCUGGACCCCCCACUGUGGUAAAGGUUGCUGAGAGAGAUACCUGGACACGCCUGUCGCACUGCAGUUCCUGAUCCAGAAGAAGAUGGGGUCUCACCAGGUGUGGUGGUGCAGUGUGGCCCUCCUCUGCGUUAGCACAGGAGUGCUAAUAAUAACAGGAGGUUGUCCUCUUGUGGGAAAACUGACAGGGUGAGAGACAUGUCCCAAGCCAAAGGGGACAUCACCGGCCCAGAGUAGUGGCCCAGAAGUAGAUGGUAAUGACAGAAGGAGUCCUGAGUCAAAGGGGUCAGUGCAGGCCCAGAGUAGUGGCCCAGAAGUAGAUGGUAAUGACAGAAGGAGUCCUGUGCAUAAAGAACCAACACAGGCCUGUAGUAGUGGCCCAGAAGUAGAUGGUAAUGACAUAUGGAGUCCUGAGCAUAAAGGACUAACACAGGCCUGUAGUAGUGGCCCAGAAGUAGAUGGUAAUGACAGAAGGAGUCCUGAGCAUAAAGGACUAACACAGGCCUCUAUUAGAGGCCCAGAAGUAGAUGGUAAUGACAGAAGGAGUCCUGAGCCAAAGGAACUAACACAGGCCUCUAGUAGUGGCCCAGAAGUAAAUGGAAAUGACAGAAGGAGUCCUGAGUCCAAGGGGUCAAUGCAGGCCCAGAGUAGUGGCCCAGAAGUAGAUGGUAAUGACAGAAGGAGUCCUGAGCAUAAAGGACUAACACAGGCCUCUAUUAGAGGCCCAGAAGUAGAUGGUAAUGACAUAAGGAGUCCUGAGCCAAAGGAACUAACACAGACCUCUAGUAGUGGCCCAGAAGUAGAUGGUAAUGACAGAAGGAGUCCUGAGCCAAAGGAACUAACACAGGCCUCUAGUAGUGGCCCAGAAGUAGAUGGUAAUGACAUAAGGAGUCCUGAGCCAAAGGAACUAACACAGACCUCUAGUAGUGGCCCAGAAGUAGAUGGUAAUGACAUAAGGAGUCCUGAGCCAAAGGAACUAACACAGACCUCUAGUAGUGGCCCAGAAGUAGAUGGUAAUGACAUAAGGAGUCCUGAGCCAAAGGAACUAACACAGACCUGUAGUAGUGGCCCAGAAGUAAAUGGAAAUGACAGAAGGAGUCCUGAGCAAGAGGGACCAAUGCAGACCUGUAGUAGUGGCCCAGAAGUAGAUGGUAAUGACAGAAGGAGUCCUGAGCAAGAGGGACCAACACAGGUCUGUAAUAGUGGCCCAGAAGUAGAUGGUAAUGACAGAAGGAGUCCUGAGCAAGAAGGACCAACACAGGUCUGUAAUAGUGGCCCAGAAGUAGAUGGUAAUGACAGGAGUCCUGAGAAAGAGGGACCAAUGCAGACCUGUAGUAGUGGCCCAGAAGUAGAUGGUAAUGACAGAAGGAGUCCUGAGCAAGAAGGACCAACACAGGUCUGUAGUAGUGGCCCAGAAGUAGAUGGUAAUGACAGAAGGAGUCCUGAGAAAGAGGGACCAAUGCAGACCUGUAAUAAUGGCCCAGAAGUAGAUGAUCAUCGUAGAAGGACAGCCCUGCUGGAACCUCACAAACAUGAGGACAAUUUGUUCUUAUCUAAAGCAGAAAUGGUUGCCAACCUGCCCUCCAAAGAAAAGGACUGUUGGGUGUGUGGGAUGGGUCCGGUUGAGAAUCUCCAUGUGCUCUGUGGUGUCAGAAUCUCCAUGUUCUCUGUGGUGUCAGAAUCUCCAUGUUCUCUGUGGUGUCAGAAUCUCCAUGUGCUCUGUGAUGUCAGAAUCUCCAUGUUCUCUGUGAUAAUCUCCAUGCGCUCUGUGCUGUCAGAAUCUCCAUGUUCUCUGUGCUGUCAGAAUCUCCAUGUUCUCUGUGCUGUCAGAAUCUCCAUGUUCUCUGUGCUGUCAGAAUCUCCAUGUGCUCUGUGUCCAUCAGAAUACAAUUCUUACAUGGACUCUGUGUGA